AUGCAAUCACAACUACCAGCAGCCGUACCAGUGCGGUACGGCCUCUACUACGCCGAAGGUACCGGCUACUUCCACGUCCGCGAGUUGGGCAAAGGCAUCCAAGGGACCGCAGUCCUAGUCCGAUGCGCUGUCACAGGUGAGCUCUUCGUACGAAAGAAACGCCAACUCGAGUACAACGCUGCGCAAAUGAAUGAGCUGGUGAUCGCCGACUCGAUCUGCCACCCGAACGUGAUCAAAUGCGUGUGGUCAAAGCAGUACAGACAUCCGGACACCGGUGCCACCUCCAGCGUGACCUACUGGGCGUUUGCUAACCACAGCGACAUCAAGCACCUAAUUACAGAGUUCAUCGAGGCAGGACAUCGUGUCCCGGAAGCGAUCAUAUGGAAGUUCCUGGCUCAGGUCUACCCAGCGAUGCAUCAGAUGCACCUUCAAGGCUACGCACAUCGGGACUCGCACAUUGGUAACAUCUUCGUGGACUGGCCGGAAAGCGCAUUCCUGCCAGACUUCUAUAUCGGCGAUUUCGGCCAUGCGCACGCAUUCGAGCAAGGUGUCGUGGACAGUUCAUACGGUAAGCUCGAUGAUCACCCCCAAGCAGGUAGGGCGCCUGUGAACGCAGGCAUUCCGCAUGUGGGGUGGAUGGAUGGCUUCAACCCAACCGGCAUGGGCAAGUUCCUGAUGUCGCAGACGACACCAGCAUUCUUGACUAACAUUGCGCAUGACUUUGAGUUGCUUGCGCACACACUGGCGUGCUUGUUGAGAUGGGAGCCUGGGAUGGAUCCUGACGACGAUUCCGACUCUUCAUCAUCAUCCCAGACCAUCGAGGAGCUACCCACACCCCUUUCCCCAACCCCUGAAGAGUUCUACUCACCCAUCCUACAGAAGACCCUCGAGUACCUAGAAGUCCUUCCGAGAUAUCUCCUUUCCGACGACAUCCGUACGCUCCCGCGCUAUGUUGCCCUCUACCGCUCGAUAUUCGAGCACUGCAUCCAUCGACCCGCAGUCCACUACUGGCAUUCCGGUAUCCAGCCCGACUCUACAUGGAGCGCUAUGCACGCUGUGCAGCCGAGCUCGUUUCCUCUGUUCAACGGCGUAGCUAUGCCUACUGCAGCUGCCGGGCAUGAAGCAUCGAAGGACGCCAUCAUGACGUUCCCAACGGUGCAAGCACUGGAAGCCGCCGGCGGCGUCCCCGGACCGUGGCAGGUCGGCGUGAUCGACGCCCGAACAGGCCAGCUGCUCUACUCAGAUGGCAAUGUGCGGGAUAUGUGGGAGUGGACUGUGAGGACGAGGGAGGAGAUUGAGGAGGAUGAGGCUAUCCAAAGGGCGCUGGAUGAGGAGGAGGAUGAGGCGUACCAGCGGGCUUUGGCGGAGGAGCUUGGGGAUGAUGUGGAGGGCUACGAUGCGGUGGAUGAGGAGGAGGAUGUGCUGGAACUGGCUGGGGAGGUGGAGUUGUUGGCUGAUGAGGCGAGGUGGCCGGAGAGGUAUGCGGAGUCGAGGAUCAGUUUCUAG